UUUCUAGAAAAGAUAAAUAAAAAGACAAGAUUGAUAGUUUUCAAAACCGAUCCUUCCCGGCUGGAACUUGAAAGCAGCCUCCCCACCAUUUUUAUUCGGGUACUUUUUUUAAUGCCCGUCCCCACUAUUGCAGACUUGCAGACGGGAUCGAGGGCGCCGUGGUCAGUCCGCCCGGCAGAAGCGUACCAGGUACACCUUGUGGUUCAAAAUCUUCCAAACUGGCUUCCCGACGAACUCGGAAGAUGUCUGCCAUGGAGGAGCUAAAGAAUAUGCUCUUAACAUUCAGAGUGUCGGAGUUACAAAUGCUGCUAGGCUACGCCGGUCAGAACAAGACGGGUCGCAAGACGGAGCUGCAGACGCGCGCGAUCAACCUCAUAAAGAGCCGAGGGCCAGCCCAGGCUCCUCACAUACACGCCAAAAUCAAGGAGUUGUACCUUUCAAUACAACAAGGAGGUACGGUGGUGUCAUCUGCGAUGAUGGAGAUGCCGCAGCAGUCGUCUGCUUCAGCUCCGAUCAUUACUUCCGGACCAUCGCAGGGUAUGCUACGCACGGCGGCCAACACGAUCCUACCGCCAGGAUACCCGGCCAUGGUUCACGGCAGGUACCAAGACGCCGACGAUUGGGGCUGGUGCGAAACUUACUCUCAGCAGCCACAACAGCCGCCUCCGCCACAGCAGCAGACGCAGCAGCAAGGUCGCUACAACAUGCGAAAUUACGAGCUUGAGUCCCAGUACCCACAGCAGAGCGUCUACCCGAUACAGCCCGACGUAACCUUCAAACGGCUCCCAUUUUAUGACAUCCUAAGCGUCCUUUUAAAACCUUCUAGUCUCGUUUCUACAAGUAGCGUACGAGAGCAAGCAUCGAAUUUUUAUUUCUACCUUACGCCGCAGCAGGCAUCCGAGAUCGCCAUAAACCGUGAGAUCGGCCCCGGUACGAAGAACGAGUAUUUCGUCCAGGUCCAGAUGAGGUUUUGCCUCCUCGAGACAUCAUGCGAGCAGGAGGACUGCUAUCCACCCGGAUUGCAGAUCAAGGUGAACGGGAAAUCAUGCCCGUUACCGGGCCCCGUCCCAGUCAACAAACCGAACGGUGAGCCAAAACGGCUCCCUCGCCCUCUCAACGUCUCACACCUCGUGAAGCUGUGCCCGUCGAUCGCAAACCAGGUGCUCGUUACCUGGACGCCGGAGUACAGCAGGGGGUACGUCAUUGUUGUUAACCUUGUAAGAAAGCUCUCGGCACCAGACCUCCUCCAGAGGCUGAAAGCCAAGGGCGCCCGUCAUGCUGACUUCACCACUGGUUUAAUUAAAGAAAAGCUGUCCGAGGAUGCGGACUCUGAGAUAGCUACGACUUCACUACGUGUGUCUCUCCUCUGCCCACUGGGCAAGAUGCGAAUGGUGACGCCUUGCCGACCUUCAACGUGCCUACACCUCCAGUGUUUCGACGCAUUCCUUUACAUCCAGAUGAACGAAAAGAAGCCGACGUGGACGUGCCCGGUCUGCGACAGGCAGGCUCUAUAUGACAACCUCGUUAUCGACGGAUAUUUCCAGGAGGUGCUUAACUCGCAGCUGUUGCCAUGCGACUCUCACGAGAUCCAGCUGCACAAAGACGGCUCUUGGUCGUCGCACUCGACCAAGAAAGCGAUCACAAUGAUCAACACGCCGACGAAACAAGAGCCGAUUGAGGAGAUACUCGACGACUUAGACGAUUCGGAUGGCAACAUGACUGACAAGGGCAUUGAGUCGGAUGUGAAGUGCAAAGUCAAGGCCGAUUCGCCCGUCAAUAAGGUAAUCAGUUUCAUCGACCUCACCUCUGAUUCCGAUGAUGAACAGUCACCCCCCAGCCCCAAGCCAGACCAGCCAAAAAUAUCGAAAACUGUAAUCGCAGGUACGUCUACACAGGCGAUGUCGCCAACUGCGAUAAUAACGCUCGACUCGCCAUCGCCGCCGAUGCGCGAGCUGAGCCCGAUAUCGAUGCUCACCGCCGAGAUGAGGGCCGAAGAGUGCCCGAUGAUGCCGCUCGCCCUCGGCCAACGCCCCAUUCCCCAGCCGUCCCAGGCUCAACAGCAGAGCCAAGCGCCGCAAUCGCAGCCUCAACAACAGCCUCAGCCGCAGACGCCGCCUCAGAUAGGAUCGCCUGUCGCUUCUCAGCCAAUGCUACCAUCGCCGAUUCUGUCCCCUCACCCUCCCCACCACGCGAUAUAUACACCGCCCGACGAGAUCGCCGGACAGACACACACCAACUACAGUAAUUACCUGCGGAUGGCGUCAAAGUACCAUCCGUACUAAAAGAAAAAAACUCCAUCUGAUUAUUUAUAUAUGUUAGAUUCUUAUUAUUAAUAUAAAUUUUAUCAUAAAAG